CAGGUGUACAAGAGAAGAUGGUAUGUUUUAGUGAUGUUUAGUUUCUUUGCUGCAAGUCAGAAUUUAAUCUGGAAUACUUGGGGACCGAUAGCUGAUUCAGCCAAGGAAGCGUUUGGUUGGUCCAACGCUGAUAUUGGUCUCUUAACAAACUGGGGGCCGAUCUCAUAUUUAAUCAGCGGAGUUUUCUUUUCUUGGAUGAUAGACGUUAAAGGUUUGCGUGUAGCGUGUGUAGUCAGCUGUUUUCUGGGGAUGGCUGGUGCUGGGUUACGAUGUUUUUAUUAUAUUUGUAGGUUGAUUCAUAUAGGCCAGUUUUUAAACGGUCUAGGAGGACCGGUUGCUAUGGCUGGUUCUCCUGUCAUCUCGGCAACCUGGUUUCCGCCAGAACAGAGAACAACAUCUACGUCAAUUGGUGUUAUAAUACCUUAUAUACUUGGCUUGGCUGGAUCUUUUCUUAUUGGGCCUUAUUUAGUUCCGUCUCAUUCCAAAAAUAAUAAUACUCUUAUAAAUCUUGUGUAUGUUGAUAAUCAUGUGCUUAUUUCACAAAUAUUUUUUUUUUCUUUUUUAGAAUUUGCUGUGGCUGGUUUAAUAUUUUUGAUUAUGUUGAUUUAUUUUCCUAAAAAACCUCCACUACCCCCCUGUCUAUCAGCCUCCAUCUCACGACAAGAUUUCUGGACGGGGCUCAAAGCUCUUUUCAGAUGUAAACAGUUUUGGCUGGUAGCUAUAGCGUAUGGGUCAUCUCUAGGAGUUUGUAACGUAUGGACUGGGGUAAUUCAAGUUGUGCUCAAACCAUUAGGUAUCUCACAGAGCGAGUCAGGCUGGAUUGGAUUUUAUGCCACAGCAGCAGCUUGUGUUGCCUCCCUUGUUAUAGGAAGAUUUGCUGAUAUAUUUGCUAAACAUUUGAAGAUAUUUAUAAUAAGUCUAUAUGCUGUAGGAUCAGUGUUUAUAAUUUGGUUUGCUCUAGCUUGUAUUAAAAUAGGACCAUACAGUGCAGGUAAAGCUGUGCUAUACACUACAACAAUAAUGGGAGUGAUGUCCCUUAAUGCUGCCACGCCCUUACUGUAUGAACUAGGCUGUGAAUUAGCAUACCCUAUCGGAGAGGGGACAGUCAAUGGAAUGAUGACAAUCAUGAAUAAUCUAGCAGGCCUGAUUUUCCUCUUUAUUUUAAUGAUACCAAAUAUAGGUACAAUAUGGAUGAAUUGGGCAUUGCUAGCAGCCACUGUGAUAUGUUUUCCUCUUUAUGGAUUUUUAAAAGACACGUAUAAUAGACUUGAUCUAGAUACAACUGUUUCAAAACAAACACAUACUAGCUAA